AAAGGAAGGAGGGAACUUUAGCUCCUGGUGAUUGGUGCCCUGUGAGGCCAAUCCCAUCAGCAUGGUGUCCAAGCUCAGCCAGCUGACGAGCCUGCUGUCCUCUAUCGAAGACAAGGUCAAGGCCUUGCUGCACGACGGUCCCGAGUCUUCCCACCGGCGUUCCCUCAUCCCUCCUGUCACCUUUGAGGUGAAGUCGGAGUCUCUGGGCAUCCCUCAGAAAAUGCAGCUCAAAGUCGACGUCGAGUCUGGGAAACUGAUCGUUAAGAAGUCCAAGGAUGGUUCCGAGGACAAGUUCUACAGCCACAAGAAAAUCCUGCAGCUCAUCAAGUCACAGAAGUUUCUAAACAAGCUGGUAAUUUUGGUGGAAACAGAGAAGGAGAAGAUCCUGAGGAAGGAAUAUGUUUUUGCUGACUCUAAAAGCUCGCGUAACGCCCCCCCUCCCAAGAAGAUCACGUCCUGGUUUCUCUCCAAGGGGCAGGGAAAGACGCGGGACGACUCUGCCGACUACAUUCCCCACGACAUUUACGUGAUCGGCACCCAGGAGGACCCCCUGGGUGAGAAGGAGUGGCUGGAGAUCCUCAGACAGUCCCUGCAAGAAAUCACCAGUGUGACUUUUAAAACAGUGGCCAUCCACACGCUCUGGAACAUCCGCAUGGUGGUGCUGGCCAAGCCAGAGCACGAGAACCGCAUCAGCCACAUCUGCACGGACACCGUGAAGACGGGCAUCGCAAACACGCUGGGGAACAAAGGAGCUGUGGGGGUGUCCUUCAUGUUCAACGGAACCUCCUUGGGGUUUGUGAACAGCCACUUGACUUCAGGAAGUGAAAAGAAACUCAGGCGAAACCAAAACUAUAUGAACAUUCUCCGGUUCCUGGCCCUGGGAGACAAGAAACUGAGUCCCUUCAACAUCACUCACCGCUUCACUCACCUCUUCUGGCUGGGAGAUCUCAACUACCGCGUGGAUCUGCCCACCUGGGAGGCAGAAACCAUCAUCCAGAAGAUCAAGCAGCAGCAGUACGCGGAUCUCCUGUCCCACGACCAGCUGCUCACAGAGAGGAAGGAGCAGAAGGUUUUCCUGCACUUUGAGGAGGAAGAAAUCACGUUUGCACCGACCUACCGUUUUGAGAGACUGACUCGGGACAAAUACGCCUACACUAAGCAGAAAGCAACGGGGAUGAAGUACAACUUGCCCUCCUGGUGCGACCGGGUCCUCUGGAAGUCGUAUCCCCUGGUGCACGUGGUGUGUCAGUCCUAUGGAAGUACCAGCGACAUCAUGACGAGUGACCACAGCCCUGUGUUUGCCACGUUUGAGGCAGGGGUUACUUCCCAGUUUGUCUCCAAGAAUGGUCCCGGGACUGUGGACAGCCAAGGGCAGAUCGAGUUUCUCAGGUGCUACGCCACACUGAAGACCAAGUCCCAGACCAAAUUCUACCUGGAGUUCCACUCGAGCUGCUUGGAGAGUUUUGUCAAGAGUCAGGAAGGAGAGAAUGAAGAAGGAAGUGAGGGGGAGCUGGUGGUGAAGUUUGGCGAGACCCUUCCAAAGCUGAAGCCCAUCAUCUCAGACCCUGAGUACCUGCUGGACCAGCACAUCCUAAUUAGCAUUAAGUCCUCUGACAGCGAUGAAUCCUACGGCGAGGGCUGCAUUGCCCUCCGGCUGGAAGCCACAGAGACCCAGCUGCCCAUCCACACGCCGCUCACCCACCAUGGAGAGAUGACCGGCCACUUCCGGGGGGAGAUCAAGCUGCAGACCUCGCAGGGCAAAAAGAGGGAGAAGCUCUAUGACUUUGUGAAGACAGAGCGGGACGAGGCCAGCGGGCAGAAGUCCCUGAGGAGCCUCACCAGCCACGACCCCAUGAAGCAGUGGGAACCCGCGGGCAGGGCCCCUCCAUGCGGCGGCUCCAGCAUCACAGAAAUCAUGAACCCCAACUACAUGGGGGUGGGGCCCUUUGGGCAGCCGACGUCCCUGCACGGGAAGCAGAUCCUGUCCCCCGACCAGCAGCCCACAGCCUGGAGCUAUGACCAGCCACCCAAGGACUCCUCCCUGGGGCCGGGAAGGGGAGACAACCCUCCAACACCUCCCUGCCAGCCGCCCCUGUCACCCAAGAAGUUUUCGUCCUCAACGGCAAACCGGGGGCCCUGCCUCAGGACACAGGAGUCAAGGCCCGGCGACCUGGGGAAGAGCGGAGCGGAAGCGCUGCUGCCGGAGGACCUGCCGCUGACGAAGCCAGAGAUGUUCGAGAACCCGCUGUACGGGUCCGUGAGCUCCUUCCCUAAGCCGGCGCCCAGGAAGGAGCAGGAAUCGCCCAAAAUGCUGCGGAAGGAGCCCCCGCCCUGCCCGGACCUGGGGCUCUUGUCUCCCAGCGUCGCGCUCACCAAAGCCCAGGAGGCCGAGCGCAGCGAGGGGACAGGCAAGCAGGUGCCGGCGCCCCGACUGCGCUCCUUCACCUGCUCGGCCCCCGCUGAGGGCAGGGCGGCCACUGGGGACAAGAGCCAAGGGAAGCCGAAGGCCCCAGCCGGCUCCCAGGCCCCAGUACCGGCCAAGAGGCCCAUCAAGCCUUCCAGGUCGGAAAUGAGCCAGCAGACGCCACCGGCCCCGACGCGGCCUCCCCUGCCCAUCAAGAGCCCAGCCGUCCUGCACCUGCAGCACUCCAAGGGCCGCGACUACCGCGACAACAGCGAGCUCCCGCACCACGGCAAGCACCGGACGGAGGAGGGGCCGCUCAGCAGGACGGCCGCACAGUGAAGCCCUUGGUGAGCUGCUGGCGAGUCGGGAGCCCAGAGGAGCAGUGCGAAGGCCCUCGGACCCUGGCCGGGCCCUCUGGCUGGCUCCUCCCACCAGCUUCCUACGCAAGGCUUUGUGUUUUUCAGCAAAGGGCCCGGCUUCCGUGUGGUCCAAGGAGCGCGCUGCCUGCAAAACUUGGCAUCAGAUGCCAAGGUUUAGAAGGACUAUGUGCACCAGACAGGCAACAGCCCACCCGGGUCCCCAGCUUGACCUUGGUACUUGGGACCCCAGUGCCUUGUUUGGGUCGCCAUUUUGAAGAAAAGAACUGAAGAGCUGAUUUGAAGGUGGAGAUAUAAAUAAUAAUAAUAUUAAUAAUAAUACUGGCCACAUGGAUCGAGCUCUCACCAUGUGCCAAGUGCCGUGCUAAGUGCUUUAUGAACAUUGCGUCAGGACGACCUCGGGAGUGGAGUCUCCAGCCAACUAAAACCACGUGCCCAAACCCAACGGUUCAAGACAGCAUGUGUCCGAGGGGUUUGGACAAAGCAUUAAGAAGGCCAGCGCCCACCUGGAGCCAGACAAGAGUACAAAGAUUCUGUCCUAUCCAGCGUC